UAAUACCCAUAUUAACCAAUUAUAAAACAUAUGGAGAUUGAGACAUGUCAUGUUUUGGUAUUGCCAUACCCAAGCCAAGGCCAUAUCAACCCUCUCCUCCAAUUUGCCAAACGACUUGUUUCCAAAGGCCUUAAAGCCACCAUUGCCACCACACACCACACUCUUUCUUCAAUAUCCGUCCCAUCCGUAACGGUCGAGCCCAUUUCGGAUGGCCAAGAUGAUCAUGGUGGUCUUGUUAAACCUCAAUCCGAAGACCUCUUCCUAGAGUCAUUCAAGUCCAAUGGCUCACGUACACUCGCCCAACUAAUCAACAAAUACAAAACCACAAAAUAUCCCUUCACUUUUAUUGUGUAUGACUCUUUUUUGACUUGGGCUUUAGAAGUGGCCCAACAAAAUGGGAUUCUUGGUGGGCCAUUUUUCACAAACUCGGCUGCUGUUAUUAGCAUUUAUACUAGAAUACAUUGUGGGAAGUUGAGGUUGCCAUUGAGAUUGGAAGAUGGCCCAUUGGUGGUGGUGGACGGUGUUCCGCCGUUAGAUAUGGAAGAUUUGUCAAGCUUUUUAAAAGCACCAGAAAGUUGUCCUGCAUACUUGAAGAUGAACUUGAACCAGUGUUCCAAUUUGGACAAGGCUAAUUGGAUUUUUGGUAACACAUUCCAGUCAUUGGAAGCUGAGGUGGUGAAAGGCAUAAGAGAGAAAUGGCCAGCGAAACUAAUAGGUCCAAUGGUGCCAUCGACGUACUUAGAUGGAAGAAUUAAAGGCGACAAAGGAUAUGGUGCAAGUCUAUGGAAACCACUAGACCAUGAGUGCACUAAAUGGCUUGAAACCAAGCCCAAAAACUCGGUUGUUUACACUUCUUUUGGGAGCAUGGUGUCAUUAUCCCAACUAGAAAUGGAAGAAAUAGCAUGGGGACUAAAAGAAAGUAAUUUUAACUUUAUUUGGGUGGUUAGAGAUUCAGAGAGACACAAAUUGCCUAAAGAGUUUCUAGACUUAAUCACACAAAAUCAAAAAGCGGGUAUGAUCGUGAAUUGGUGCAACCAACUUGAGAUGUUGGCUCAUGAUUCGGUAGGUUGUUUUGUGACACACUGUGGAUGGAACUCGACACUUGAAGGGUUAAGCCUUGGUGUGCCUAUGAUUGGGAUUCCAAAGUGGGCCGACCAGUUCACUAAUGCCAAGUUUAUUAAGGAUGUGUGGUGUGUAGGUGUUAGGGCUAAGAUGGAUGAUGGAGAAAAUGGGAUUGUGAAAAGGGAUGAACUUAUAUUAUCUUUGAAUGAAGUGAUGAACAAAGAGGGAAAAGGUUUGAAAAUCAGGAAAAAUGCAACAAAAUGGAGAGAGUUAGCUAAAGAGUCAAUUAGUGAAGGUGGGAGCUCCGACAAAGCCAUUGAUGAGUUCGUUGCGGCAUUGAAAAGCAAAUUUAAGAUAAAAGAUUUGUAUUCAUACUAAUUCUGAUAAACCCAACACUCUUGAUCAUUUUAUAAGAAGUUAAAUUUAAGAUUA